AAUUUUUUGACAAGCUUAAAAUAAUAAUCAUGAAACCUUAUUUUCCUUGUUUCAUUUGAGUUUCAAAAUCAUGAAUUUUUUGUGUGAAAUAAUAAGGAGGGCAAAAAGGUAAUCAACUUCUAACUGUCUCCUAGUACUAUGUAGUAUAUUCUUUUCUGUUGGUGGGUUUAAAUAGUCACCCUAUUUAUGAGUAAGUGUAAGAAAAAGGUUUCAUUCACUAUACAAACCAACACUAAAGCCUUAGCAUUUCACAAAGAGUGUCUCCUUGCAAUGGUUCCAAAGCUUGGUGGUGAUUUGGAAGAUGGUGGAACUGGCCUUGGAACUAAACCUAUUUGAACAACAUCUACCUUUUCCUUUUGUCUAAGAAGAAGAGAGCAAGAUCUUUCUGCUUUUUUUUUUAUUUUUAAGUUGAAAGCAAAUUUUGUGAAGUAGUAGUAUACUUUCAAUUUGUUGUGUUCUUCUUGGUGGAGUUCCUUUAGAGUAAUGGAGUUUCUUGGCUUAUGUGGAUCCAACUAUUUCAAAGGUUCAAUAGAAAUGAUUUGGUUAUUGAAGCCCUUUUGGCAAUGGCAAAUGUGGUUCUAAUUUUCCCUCUUGCUGUGAAUCAAGAAGCAGACCAAAUUUCUGUUGAAUGGUUAAAAAUUCCUGAUUAAAACUCUGAAAUUUUCUUGGUUCUAGAUUUUAUUCCUUCUCCCUUGGUACCAAAUAGACCUGAUAUAGUGUUUUAAGCUUUGUAGUUUGGGCAAAUUUCCUUUGGCAAUCUUGGAAAAGAAAAUUCCAUUCCUUUCAGCUUUUCAUGUAUGUUUGAAGAUUCCUGUGUAUUGGACAAAUCUCCUUUGGCAAAAGUUACUGAACUUCCUAUAGUUGGAUUCAGGUAGUAAAAGUAUAUGAGAAACAUUUUUCAUUAUAAAAUAUUAUCAUUCAGAAAUAACUCUUGGAACUCCACCUAUUCUGGAGGCAAAUCUCCUUUGGCAUCUCUUUAUCAUCUUAUUCUGCUUCAUCUAGCACUAGAUAUCUUCCCCGGAACCGAGUAAAAAAGAAGAAAGAAAUCAUCUGAUAGUUGUGGCUGCAAGCUACUUAAUAUUUGUUGUUGGAAGAGUAUCUUUCUGUGAAAAAUUCAAUUCCAAAUUGGGCAUAUCUCCUUUGGCACUUUGGAGUCUUUGAUUGAUUCCUAUUAUCCUGUGGACAAAUCUUCUUUGGCAUCAGAUCUCCGGUUUCAGUGGUCGAGUAAUCUUUUGGAGAUACCGACUAUCUGUGGAAAAAAAUUAUCCAUCAAAAAUAUAUUUUUGUUAGUAUACAACUAUCUGUUGAAGCCAUUAUCAGCAUACUUGCUGUGAUCACAGUACAGACAUUAGAGUUUGAUGCUUCAAUUCGCUUGAGAAGCUCUCAUUCAAAGAAAAACCUCAUUGCUGAGUGCAGAUUAGUUCUGAAUUCUGAUUCCAUCUAUUUCAAAAUCUGGCAUAUAAACUAUAAUUGAUGGAUGCUAUGACUAGUGAUUCGGAAUGGGAGACUUCCAGUUCCAGUGACAGCAGCAGCAGUGAGGAUCAAGAGGAAAUUGAUUUCCAAUACGGUGGUCAAGCUCAGAGCAUAUUAUCAAGUUUAGAGGAAAGCAUUGGGAAGAUUGAUGAUUUUCUCUCAUUUGAAAGAACUUUUGAUAAUGGGGAUGUGGUAUGCUCCUUGUCAGAUCCAACUGGACAGAUGGGAAGGGUCACAAGUUGUGAUUUGUUUGUGGAUUUGGAAAAUGUGAAAGGAAAGAUAUUAAAAAAUGUAAACUCCAAGGAACUUUCGAAGAUUCGGUCCAUAUCAGAAGGUGAUCAUGUAAUUAAGGGACCAUGGCUCGGUCGUGUUCAAAGGGUUGUGGACAAAGUGACUGUAUUGUUUGAUGAUGGAGCUAAAUCUGAUAUCAUUGCCUCAGAAAGAGAGAAGGUUUUACCAUUGACUCGUAAAUUUCCAGAAGAUUCGCAGUGUCCAUACUAUCCUGGUCAGAGAGUAAAGGUUAAGUCCUCCGACGCUUCUAAAUCAGCAGGAUGGCUAUGUGGAACUUGGAGAGACAAUCAAGACGAAGGAACUAUUUGUGCUGUGGAUGCAGGUUUGGUGUAUGUUAACUGGAUCACUUCUGUUCUUGUCGGUAGCAAUUUGAAUGUGAAUGCUCCACCAUGUUGGCAAGAUUCCAAGAACUUGACCGUGUUGUCAAGUUUUUCAUCACACGCAAACUGGCAGCUUGGUGACUGGUGCAUGCUCUCAGUUGCAGACGAAGAGGAACCGAUUACUAUGGAGCAUAGUAUGACAAGAAGUUGCAAGAGUGAGGGAAGAAACCUUACUAUUGGGGAAUUGUUUAUAAUUGGGAAGAUAAAGGCCAAAGUUGACAUUUUGUGGCAAAAUGGUGAACAUACUUUGGGAUUAGAUCCAGAGAAUUUACUCCCAGUCAAUGUUAUAAACACACAUGAAUUUUGGCCUCAUCAGUUUGUGCUGGAAAAAGGUGCUUCUUAUGAUCCUAGCAGUCAAAGAUGGGGUGUUGUCCAAUGUGUGGAUGCAAAGGAGCAUACUGUAAAGGUACAAUGGAAAACUGUCUCCGUAUCCAAACCGACUAAUUUGGAUCCAGACAGAAUGGAGGAAACUGUGAGUGCCUAUGAACUUGUAGAGCACCCAGACUACUCUUGUUUUUAUGGUGAUAUUAUGUUCAAGGCGGCUCAAAAUCAGUUUGGUUACCAAGCUGAUAAAGAAAAAGAAAAACCAGUGAGUGACUCGAAUGCAGAGGCUGCUCUUAAAAAUGGGAACCAAAUGAGUUAUCACGAUGACUUCCCUGAUGACUAUUAUCUGUCCUGUGUCGGCACUGUUAUUGGUUUCAAAGAUGGUGACGUGGAAAUGAAAUUGGCUACUGGUUUCACAACCAAGGUUGCGCCUUAUGAAAUUUUUCGGAUUGAUAAACAUGAAGACUCAACUGUAACCCCUGCUCCUCAAGAGAUGAUUGAAUGUGGAAGUCUACCUUCUGACAAGAAGGAAAAGGACUUGACAAAUGGUGAUGGUAGAAAAGAGAAUUGUGAAAAUAAUCUUGAGUGCAGUUCCUUUUUCCUUCCUCGAGCUGCCUUUGAACUUUUCUCCAGUAUUAAAUCCAGUAUAUUCCAAACACUUGGUGGAAAUUCAAUUUCAGGAACAUUUUCUUCAGUACCUACAUUUGAAAAGGAUAAUGAAUCUGAUUUUCUUGAUAAGAAAGAUGCGGAAACUCGUAACCUCUGCAUUGAACCACAUCCAACAACUGAGUUUCAUUCUACUGACGACAGAACUUCAUAUCCAGAAGUUAUUAGGAUCCACGAAAAAAAUGAUUUCCCAUUUUCUUUAGACAGCAAUAGUUCAAACUGGUUUAAGCAGUUUGAUGUAAUAGAAAGUUGCUCUGACCACCAUUUUUCUGAUGAGGGAAAAGGAUUGUCAACAUCACAGGUAAAAAGAGGUUGGGUAAAAAAGGUUCAGCAAGAAUGGAGCAUCCUUGAGAAAAGCCUUCCGGACUCUAUUUAUGUUCGUGCGUUUGAAGAAAGAAUGGAUCUCAUGCGAGCAGCUAUUGUUGGUGCAUCUGGAACUCCGUAUCAUGACGGGCUGUUUUUCUUUGAUAUAUGUUUCCCUCCAGAGUAUCCCAACGAACCACCUAUGGUGCACUACAAUUCUGGUGGGCUCCGCUUAAAUCCUAAUUUGUAUGAGUCGGGGAGAAUCUGUCUGAGUCUGCUAAAUACUUGGACAGGCGCAGACAGUGAAGUGUGGAAUCCUGGAACCUCCACUAUUCUUCAAGUUCUUCUCUCUCUGCAGGCUCUUGUUCUUAAUGAGAAGCCGUAUUUUAAUGAGGCUGGAUAUGACCAACAAAUAGGCAGAGUUGAGGGAGAGAAAAACUCUGUGAGCUAUAAUGAGAAUGCUUUCCUUGUCACAACCAAAUCGAUGUUGUAUCUAUUAAGAAAGCCACCCAAGCAUUUUGAGGCACUGGUGGAAGAGCACUUCAAAAAGCGCUCCAAACAUAUACUUUUUGCUUGUAAGGCAUAUCUUGAAGGAGCUUCCAUUGGAUGUGGAAAAAAUGAACAUGAAAACCAGAGGGGGACUUCUGCAGGAUUUAAAAUAAUGCUUGCUAAGCUCUUCCCCAAGCUUGUAGAGGCUUUUUCUGAUAAGGGAAUUAAUUCAAGUCAGUUUGUUGAGCUGCAAGAAUAACUUACCUACUACUUUGAAAGUAAUUUUCAAAUUUCCCGACCAAUAUACUCCAAACUUUUGUGUAAUAUCAAAAUGAUUAUACUAUCUGUAUCAUAAUGUAUCAACACAACAGAGCUUGUGCAUGUGUUAAGUAUAUGUAUCAUACAAAGGCUUGUCCAUGUAACAUAUGAAAUAAGAGAUACAUUGAUUGGAA